UUAUUUCUUCUCUCAAACAGACGACCACGAGCGGCUGCCCCCCUCCCCCCCUCUCUUCUAUAUCGCUUGUAUGAAGCCUAGAGCCUCCGGUGUCCAAGUUGCCACGUUCAAGUCAGAUGCGCUGGUUGAAAUUUUGAAAAAAGAGGAUAAUAAGAAAUGAAGAGAACAGUAGGAGAAUCUGAUAUUUUCGGUUCAUCUGCUCUGCUAUGAACUACAGAAAGAACCUAGAACCCAAAACCGCUUUUCUCCUCCUCCUCUGCUGGGUUUCAGCGGCCUACACGGCGCAACAUGGCCGGUUUUAUGUCCGAAGAACCAGGUUGGUGGAGGGUGGUGUUCACGACACUGGUUUUGUAGGUUGUGCUCCGACACUGGGUUUGUUUUUCUUGAAGGAAGGAGGUGGAGGAGGAGGGGGAGGGGUCUUGAGUCUUCUUAUCGUUGUUGUCUCUGUUUCUGCUGCUCUCGUUGGAGAUUGGUGGUUUCUGUGCUCUAUACGUUGCGUGAUUGGAUAAGGCGGCAGGUGGCGAAGCUACUACUGAAAACCGUCCAAAUCAACCAGUGUUUUUAAAGCUUAAAGGUUGGCUCGUGAAGAAGAGGAAAGAAAGAAAGAUCCGAAGGUGUUUUCAUUGAAAUUUUGUUUCCAUUUGCCACGGGAGUGUGUGUGUUUUUUAGGUACUGCUUUUAGUUGCCUUGCAUUUCUGGUGCUGGUAUCUGGGCUUUUAAAGGUCGGUAUCAGUGGUCCUUCUUCGCAUUCUUUUUGUUGGUGAUUCUUGUUUAUGGUGUCGUGAGUUGUAGAGAUCUCGUGCUCUUCAACUCCGCUAUCAUAAGUAAACACUGAAGAUGGAAAAAAUAUAUAUAUAUCUUGCAAGAAAAAGGUAGAUAAACAGAAUUUAACAGAAGAGGAAAAACAGAGGAAGCGGAAAUUUUCAAUUUUGCUCUUUGGAGGCUUUGGGAUUCUGGGUAUUUUAGAUCUUGAGACCUGGCAAAUGGAUUUCUUUUAAUUUUGGUUUUUUCUCUCUUUUUUUUUUUUUCUUUUCUUUUCGGGGUUUCAUUUGGAAUUUUUGGUACGGGAAUAGAUCUUGAUGUUUGGGUUCUAGGGUUUUAGCUCUGGGAGGUUUCCCCCCUUGCCACCUCUGUCGGAUUGUUAAAAGACUGAAACUUUCGCCACUAAGUGGAUUGAAGUCGCAGGUCGUAGAAUCAAUGUUGAAAGCAUUAGCCACUGGGCUGUUGAUUUCUUCUCUCUUCUUCUCUGUUUAUGCAAUGGAUAGUGGAUUCCCACGCUGCAACUGCGACGACGAGGGCUUCUGGAGUGUGGAUAACAUCCUACAAGGUCAGAGAGUGAGUGAUUUCCUUAUCGCUGUAGCCUAUUUUUCAAUCCCUAUCGAACUCCUUUACUUCGUUAGCUGCUCCAACGUCCCAUUCAAAUGGGUCCUGGUUCAGUUCAUCGCCUUUAUAGUCCUUUGUGGGAUGACCCAUUUGAUCAAUGGCUGGACUUAUGCCCCGCACACGUUCCAGCUAAUGUUGGCGCUUACCAUCUUCAAAUUUCUCACUGCUCUGGUUUCCUGUGCAACUGCAAUCACCCUUGUAACUCUCAUCCCUCUGCUUCUUAAAGUUAAGGUGAGAGAGCUUUUCUUGAAGAAGAAGGCAUGGGAGCUUGACAGAGAGGUUGAUAGGAUGAUCAGACAGAAGGAAGCUGGCCGCCAUGUUCGAAUGCUGACGCAAGAGAUUCGGAAGUCAUUGGAUAGGCAUACCAUCUUGUAUACCACUCUGGUUGAGCUUUCUAAUACUUUGGGACUGCAGAACUGUGCGAUUUGGAUGCCCAACGAGAUCAGAACAGAGAUGAACUUGACCCACGAGUUGAUAGGGAGGAGUUCUCGUCCUACUGUCCCCAUAAACGAUCCAGAUAUAAGGGAGAUUAAGGAUUACAAGGAAGUGAAGAUCUUGAUGCCGGGUUCAUCUCUCGGUCUUGCAAGCAGCGGUGGUUCUGGUGAGCCGGGUGCGGUGGCUGCAAUACGGAUGCCCAUGUUGCGGGUGUCAGACUUCAAAGGAGGAACACCUGAGUUAAUACAGCAAUGUUAUGCAAUACUGGUUUUGGUUCUUCCAGCAUCUGAUACUAGAAUUUGGAGUGACCAUGAAUUGGAGAUAAUUAAGGUGGUUGCUGAUCAGGUAGCUGUUGCACUGUCCCAUGCUGCAAUUCUUGAAGAGUCUCAGCACAUGAGAGAGAAACUGGCAGAGCAGAACCGGGCAUUGCAACAGGCUAGGGAGAAUACAGUGAUGGCAAGCCAAGCUAGGAACUCAUUUCAGAAGGUGAUGAGCCACGGGAUGAGGAGGCCAAUGCACUCCAUCUUGGGGYUGCUUUCAGUGAUGCAACAUGAGAAUCUGAGCAGUGAGCAACAAAUCAUUGUUGAAUCAAUGCUAAAGACCAGCAAUGUUCUCUCAACAUUGAUUAAUGAUAUAAUGGAGAUUUCAACUGCGGAUAAAGGAAGGUUUCCAUUAGAGAUGAGAUCCUUUCGGCUGCAUUCAAUGAUCAGAGAAGCAGCUUGCCUUGCCAGGUGUCUAUGUGUUUAUAAUGGCCUCUCUUUCAGCAUUGUCAUUGGGAAAUCAGUGUCUGAUCGAGUGAUUGGUGAUGAGAGAAGAGUUUUUCAGGUGAUACUGCAUAUGGUUGGGAAUCUUCUUAGUGGGUGUAAUGGAGGAGGAUCUAUGGCAUUCCAUGUCUCUCAGGAAAAUGGAAAUAUGGGCAGGGAUGAUCAGAAAUGGUCAAUGUGGAGACCAAGCUCAUCUGAUGGGUAUGCCUAUAUAAAGUUUGAAAUUGACAUAAAUAAUGGUGGUUCUAAAUCAGAGGGCUCUGUAUCAACUCUACAACCCACAAGUAGGAAACACAGCAGUGAGGGAAUUGAGGUAGGGCUGAGCUUCAGUAUGUGCAAAAAACUUGUGCAGAUGAUGCAAGGGAACAUCUGGGCAGUUGCAAACACUCUUGGUUUUGCACAGAGCAUGACACUAAUCCUCAGGUUCCAACUCCAACCAUCUAUUGGAGGAGGCAUCUUCGAACCAGGUGGAUCAUCAGAGAAACUAACUUCAGAGUUCAGGGGCCUUCAAGUUAUUUUAGCUGAUCAUGAUGAUAUCAAUAGAGCUGUAACACGGAAACUGCUUGAGAAGUUGGGCUGCCAAGUUUCUUCUGUUUCAUCUGGGUUUGAAUGCCUUACUGCUCUGGGGCCCUCUGGAACUUCAUUCCAAAUCAUUAUUUUGGACCUCGACAUGCCUGAGAUGGAUGGUUUUGAGGUUGCAAUUAGAAUCAGAAAGUUCCGGAGCAGGAGUUGGCCAUUGAUUGUGGUCUUGACGUCUAGUGCAGAUGAAGAUGUGUGGGAAAGAUGCUUGCAGGUGGGAAUAAAUGGUGUCAUCCGAAAACCAGUUCUGUUGCAAGGAAUUGCAGAUGAGCUCCGGAGAGUCCUGCAACAGGCAAGCAAAGGUGUGUGAAGACAGAAAUUGUAAAUUACUUGUUCACUUCUGGUUUCCAAUAUUCUUUCUGACAGUCUGGGGUGUCAACCAAAUAAUUGAAAUAGCCACAUUUAUGUUUUUCUCCUCCAGAUUCUGGAAAAGAGAUGUAGCCUUCAAUCCUGAAAUGGCAUAAAAAAAAAAUUAGCUCCUUUGGUUUCUUUGAUGAA